UUCAAUUCAACUUCCAACUCUUUCCCUCCUUUACCUCCCCCUAAAAUUCUACUCAAAUCUCAGGUUUUCUCCAUUCAUUUUACAAGUGAGUUUCGACGCCACACCAUUUUCUCCUGCUUUUCUUCACUCAACUGUGUUUCCUCGGAUAAAAAAUGGAGAAUGAAGUGAAGUCACCAUCAUCAAUUCGUGUGGAGAAUCAUGAAUGGCUAGCUGAGAAUAUUAAGGGUUUGGAUCAGGCUGUCAACGAAAUGCAACUUUUGGUUGAGAACCAUGCGAAUUUUUCUGAGGUCAAGCUUGGAGAUGAUCAGCUCUUGCAGCCUGAAUUAAUUGCUUGUGUCAAGGACAUCUCCCACAGGCACCACGUGCUUGCUCACCACUACAAUGAAAUGAUGAAUUACAAGAUAAGUAGCCGAUUAAACCAUCCUUUUUUAACACCAGACAAGAAACUGGGCAUGCAAAACAUCGCAUCCCAAGUUGUUGGUUCAGAUUCAUCUUUGAGUUCCGGCGGUGGAAUUUCGGACACAACUCCAGUUGAAGGCUCUGAUUCUUCACUGCUGUCAUCAGAUUCUGAUUCCGAAUCAUAUAACUCGUCUCCUGUUGCCAAAAUGCUGAAACAUGAAUUUGUGAAUGGGGGAACUGAGAUUUCAGAAAUGGGAGGAAUGGUGAUGAGGCUUUCUGACUGUGAGAAAGAACUGAAGGCUUCGAAAGAAAAACUUUUUUCUGCAGAAGGAGAAAUUGCCAAACUGAGGAGCGAGUUGCUGAAAAAUGAAGCAUACAUUGCUAAAAUGGGCAGCAUGGAAGCUCAACUUGCGUCAGCAGAGAAUCAGCUUAAGUUGCAGGAGGCUGAUUUGGACAAGGAGAACAAAAGGUCUCUGAUGCUCCAAAACCAGAUUGUUGAUUUGGAAACCAAACUUGAGUUGGAGAAAGGACAAGUUGAGGAGCUGCAGGAGAGUGUGAAAAAGCACACAGCAAAGCUGUCUGAUUGUGAUCUUGUGAUACAGAAGCUCAAUUCUGACCUCCAGGAUGCUUCAGGGAUUUUUGCUCUGGAGAAAUGGCAGCUCGAAUCCUCCGUUUCUGAGUUAUCUGAACGUCUGACUUUCCAUGAGGGAAGAUCCAAUGAGCUGCAGAAGCAAUGUGAAUCACUUGAAGCUGAGAGAAUUGAGAUUGUAGAAAAGCAUGAAGCUCUGCAAAAGAGCUUGCAAGAUAAUCUUGAGUCAGUGAAGAUAGAGCUAACCAAGAAAAACUCAGUGGUGGACACUUUGAGUAAGAAUCUUGAUGAGCUGAACCUAAAUUAUGGCAUUCUGAUGGCGGAGAAAGAUGGAGUCGAUGCAAAGUUGCAGAAACUCAACACUGAUAUAAGUGCCCGCGAUGAUCAAAUCCAGCGUUUGGACUGCAUUCUGGCUGAAUUGAAAUGCAAAGAAGAGCAUCUACGUGCAGAGGCUGAUACUGCUAACAAGCGAAUAUCUGAACAGAAGUCAAGAAUUGUUGAGUUAGAGAAGGAGAUUGGAAUGCAGACAGUACUGAUCUCUGAAACGGCUGAGGGAAAAAGAGAGGCUAUAAGGCAGCUGUGCUUUUCAAUCGAUCAUUUCAGAAGCGCAUAUGAAGAAGUGUGUGAGGAAUAUGCAAUUCGCAGGCAGCCUGCAGCUAUGGCGCUGUAGUUCUUGUUUCCUUGGGGUGUUCUUUCCGAUAGUUAUAUGAGCCGGUGGUGCAAUAUGCUUAUUGCUUUUUCAUGUUAUGUUGCAGCAUGUUUCUGAAUCAAUGUCGAGAGUGAAGUAGAAACUAUAAUCUUGUGUAAAAUAGCUGAUGCAUUUUUCUGUUUGUUAAGCUUAUUUAUGCACAUCUAUGAUUUUAUUCGA